GGCUACCUAGAUUGGUGCUUGGUGCUUGUAAUCGAUAAAUCGCCGCCGCCGGGACGACAAGCAUAACCUGGCGUGAUUGAAAAUCAAUCCUUAUGGAUAAUGCUACAGCUAGCUCUCCUCUCCUGGACCUACCAGAUGACCUCCUGCUGCGCGUCCUAAUCGGCGUUCCACGCGCCGACCACGGCGCCACGGCCGCCGCUUGUCGCGCAUUUCGAGCGGUUAUAAGCGGCCCGCGAUUUCUCCGCCUGCGCCGAGAGUGGGGCUUUGCGGAGCGCGGCAUCGUCCUGGAGGAAUUGCCUCCGAUGCCACACGGCUGCAUGUGCGCGUCGUCGGGCGUCAUCGGCGACCAGCUGUUCAUCGUGGGAGGCUUCAUUCUAGGAGACAAUCAGUUUGGAAACCACACAAAUAUUUUGCAGAUCUACGACAUUUCCACUCGGACGUGGCGAUUAGGGGCGCGGCAUCCAGAAGUACCGUCCGGCGGCUGGCGGAUAUUUGUUGCUGACGGGAGGUUGUUUAUCGAAAGCCACGCAUUUUUUUACAAUUAUGACCCGCAGUCCGACACAUGGACCGACCUCGGGCGGCCGUUUUUCCGCGGAGAGUUUGACGAAACGUUUGUUUAUAGUCAUUUCUGUGAGUGCGUCCACAACGGCCGCAUCGUCUUCUUCUAUAGGGACGGCGUGGCAUGGGAGCGUGCCAACGACGGCUCGUGGUCACGCUACGAAGCCGUUGAACCCGAGGCAUUCCGCAACCUCAAUGGGCCCCUAGGAGCGUUUGGAUCCGUCCUCCUCGGCUAGCUAGAAGCUCCGUGUAAGAUUUCAACAUU